UUAUCACCACCCUCAUCUAAUCUACCCCUAAGUAUACCAAUAAUUUAUCUACAUUAUAAAAUUAUACAAAUCCCAAAUACAAAAACCCCCUUAAAUGCAAACAACAUUAACAAAAAACACUCUCUUCUCUCAAAUAACGCCGAACCCCCAUUUCUUCAAUCCCUAAUAUUCAUUUCUCAUACCCUCGUUUUGCAGAACCCUUUUCUCUCAAUUUCUACACCAAAAUCCGAUUUUGAUCGCAACCCAUUUUUCCUUAUCCUUCAUAUUCAUUGCCCAUAAUCACUUUUUCGCAUUUUUCUAUUCCUUCACUUCGUUAUUGAUUAGCCCCUUUCACUCUCCAACUCUGUUGGGAUUAACCCUUUUUCGUUAGGGUUUUAUUAAUAAUUUCAACUUUUUUCAUUUUUUAACUAAACAACUUUAUUUUUGAUUUCUUUUAUUGUUCUGAUUUAUUGGGUUGUUCUUCUUUUUGGGAAAAAUCUGAUUUUUAUUUUUUUUGGGGAUUUUUUGUUAGUUGCUUCAUGCUUUGAAAUUGUUGUUUUUUAGGUGUUUUUGUUGUUUUUUGAUAUACCCUAGAUUUGAUUAAGUUGAAAUCUAUAGUUUUGAAGUUCAUAGGGAAUAAUUUUGUAUCUUGGUUUUUUUGUUGUAUGCACUGUUAUUGUUUUUCCCUUCAAGAGUUUGAGGGGAAAAUCUAUUGUUGCAAGGUUUUUGUGUGAAUUUUUAGUUGGUUUUAAUUUCAACAUUGGUUAUUGGGGUUUAUAUUAUCAAGAAGUUGUGUAUUAGGUUGGGUUGGUAGGUUUAAUUAGGAGGGUUGAAAAGUUAAGGCUUUUUUGCAUGGGAGAACAUGAAGAGUGGGCACAGCCACAAAGUGGGCUAUUGCCAAAUGGUUUAUUACCAAAUGAAGCUGAUUCUGUGAUACAGGUGCUUGACUCGGAGCGGUGGUUGAAGGCUGAACAAAGAACUGCAGAGCUGAUUGCCUGCAUUCAGCCUAAUUCACCCUCUGAGCAGCGCCGAAAUGCAGUUGCAGAAUAUGUCCAAAGGCUGAUCACUAAGUGCUUCCCUUGUCAGUUGCAGGUGGUCACCUUUGGGUCGGUUCCACUAAAAACUUAUUUGCCUGAUGGAGAUAUUGACUUAACAGCAUUCUGUAAGAAUCAAACUUUGAAGGAUAAUUGGGCACAUCAGGUUCGUGACAUGCUGGAGAACGAAGAGAAGAAUGAGAAUGCAGAUUUUCAUGUCAAGGAGGUUCAAUACAUCCAGGCGGAAGUAAAGCUUGUAAAAUGUCUUGUUGAGAAUAUCGUAGUAGACAUUUCAUUUAACCAGUUAGGAGGGUUGUGCACCCUUUGUUUUCUUGAGGAGGUUGAUGGUCUGAUUAACCAUAAUCAUUUAUUCAAGCGUAGCAUUAUAUUGAUAAAAGCUUGGUGUUACUAUGAAAGCCGUAUACUUGGUGCCCACCAUGGACUUAUCUCAACAUAUGCAUUAGAAACCUUGGUUCUUUACAUAUUUCAUGUUUUCAACAAUUCCUUUGCUGGACCACUUGAGGUUUUGUAUCGAUUCUUGGAGUUCUUUAGUAAGUUUGACUGGGAUAAUUUCUGUGUAAGUCUAUGGGGUCCAGUACCAAUUAGUUCACUCCCGGAUGUGACAGCUGAACCUCCUCGAAAAGAUGCAGGAGAAUUGCUGCUUCACAAAUCAUUUCUUGAUGCUUGCAGCACAGUUUAUGCUGUUUUUCCGGGUGGUCCAGAAAACCAGGGGCAACCCUUUGUUUCCAAGCAUUUCAAUGUCAUCGAUCCUUUGCGUGUUAACAAUAACCUUGGCCGCAGUGUCAGCAAAGGUAAUUUCUUCAGGAUUCGCAGUGCCUUUGCAUUUGGGGCUAAAAAGUUGGCUAGAUUACUUGACUGUCCAAAGGAUGAAUUGUUUCUUGAAGUCAAUCAGUUCUUUUUGAACACUUGGGACAGACAUGGAAGUGGGCAACGGCCUGAUGCUCCAAGCAAUGACCUAUGGCGUUUGAGGUUAUCUAGUCACGACGAAUCACAGAGUUCUAAGAAUCUCCAGAACAAUAAUCAUAAAAUUGAUAAUACCUCGAAUCACGAGUUUCAUGCUGAAAGGGAACAAUUUUCACAUAGUGGUGUAUCUCAGCUUAGUAAUGUACCAUCUGAAAACUCGUCUAAAAAUAGUGAUGUUUCUACAUUUUCCCGUACUCAGGGUCAAAAGAGUUAUGUAAACCAAAAUAAUUCAAGGAACUUGGAUCAAGCUCGAAGGGAAACUACUUCUACUCAAGGUGCUUAUGUUGAUAAAAGUCAGAGAAAUGUGAAAACUAAUAUCCCAGUCAGUGAUCUUCGUGGAAGGUUUUUUGCCAGGACACGUUCUAGCCCGGAGCUGACUGACUCGUAUGGCGAAGUUUCUUCCCAAGGAAGGCGUACAAGAACAACAGAAAACGUUAAAGGCCAAAAUUCCUUUGUAAAGUUGGAGAAUGGUCGCAGGAAGAAUUUUGAGCCAGAUGUAGCUGCAAGAGUCGAUGACUCAUCUGGUAGGCACUCAUCUCAUCAUGCUGUUGGCAGUGCUGCUGAAUCGAUUAGUAAUCAUGAAGAACCAAGCUCUGGUGUCAUGGGUGAAGAGUUAGCAUCUGUUGCCGGAGCAGGUGGAAUGCAGAUGAUGAAUCAGGAAGAGCAAGAUCUUUUGAACAUGAUGGCAUCUCCCCCCGCUCAAGGUUUCGGUGGUCAGGCUCAAUAUCCAAUGAAUCUACCUCCUGGUCAUCUACCAUUUCCAUUUCCGCCUUCUAUUCUGGCAUCAAUGGGAUAUGGUCAAAGAAAUAUGGCUAAUAUUCCUUUUAUUGAGGCUCCUUGGGGUACAAAUAUGCAAUUUCCUCAAGGUUUAGUCCCUUCACCAUUGCAUCCAUAUUUUCCUGGAUUUGGGUUGCACCCAAAUCCACAAGAUUUGGCCGAAACCGGCAACGAGAAUUUCAAUUCUGUUGAAAUGAAUGCGGCGGAAGCUGAUAAUGAUUUCUGGCAUGAGCACGAGAGAAGUUCUGCUAGUGGUGUUGAAGCCGAUAAUGGAAAUUUUGAAAUGCUUCCAGAUGAUAAACAACAGUCAACUUCAGGUAGUUAUAACUUCGCUCCAUCUUCUCGUCCAGGCAGCUCUAGUAGUUCCGCUAGAAAUCACCAGAAGUUUACUAGAGAAAAUCGAGGGCCAACAAGAGAAGAGCAUAUUGAUAAUUUUCACUAUCAAGAUGGCCGGAGAAAUGAGGUUUAUCUUGAUGAUAGAAUAGCAAAUUCUGAGUUACCGAGUGCUCCACCUUCAAGCUCCUUUAGAAGUAAGAGCCCUUCAGAAAGUUCAUGGGAUGGAUCGUCAGCAAAAUCCUCAAAAUCAACAAGGGAAAGAAGGGGGAAGAAAAGUACUCCCUUAGUGGCUGCAACUGUUCACGGUAAGGGUAAAAAUGUCUCAGAAACUACAUCUAAUCGAGCAGACGACGAAAACAGAGAGUGGACUCCUUUGUUGACUAUGCAAUCUGAUAUGUUAGAAAGAAGCACCGAGCCUGCAACUGGUUCGUCUUUGCAAGUUCAAAGGCAUCAACUAUCUGGUUUUGAAGCUGCUCAGACAAGUGGAUCAGAUUCCCAAUCACCCAUAGCUCCUGUGAUUUUAGGUCCUGGUUCUCGCCAUAGAGCUGUUGAUAAUUCUGGAGUUGUUCCAUUUGCUUUUUAUCCUACAGGUCCUCCUGUGCCCUUUGUUACAAUGCUUCCCUUUCCCUUAUAUAAUUUUCCAACUGAGCCUUCUGAGACAUCAACAAGCAACUUCACUGGGGAAGAAGGGGCCGAGAACAGUGAUUCUGGUCUAAAUUUCGAUUCAUCCGAGGGAUAUAACCACUCUGAGGUGUCAAGCCCUUCAAAUUCAAUGAGAAGGGCGGGUAUAGAGUCCUCUGACCACAAGCCUGAUAUUCUUCAUAGUGACUUCGCUAGCCACUGGUCAAAUUUGCAAUUCGGCCGAUUAUGUCAAGGUCCAAGUCAACCUCCUUCAAUGAUGCAUCCUUCGCCUGCAAUGGUGCCUCCUGUUUACUUGCAGGGUCGAUAUCCUUGGGAUGGUCCUGGAAGACCUCCUUCAGCUAACAUGAAUCUUGCCACUCAGCUCAUGAACUAUGGACCACGCCUUGUUCCCGUUCCUCCUCUCCAAUCGGUUUCAAAUAGACCUACACAUAUUUACCAACAUUUUGUAGAAGAUAUGCCCCGGUAUCGAAGUGGUACAGGAACCUACCUGCCAAAUCCGAAGGUUUCUGUUCGAGACCGCCAUUCGACGAAUACCAGAAGGGGAAAUUACAACUAUGAUAGAAGCGAUCAUCAUGGUGACAGAGAAGGAAACUGGAAUAUGAAUUCAAAGUUGCGAUCAACCGGGCGUGGCCAUAAUCGUAACCAAGGGGAGAAGCCAAUCUCAAAAUCGGAGCGGUUGGCAACUAGUGAGAACCGUUCUGAGAGGCCAUGGAGUUCACACAGACACGACUCAUUCAUUCCUCACCAGAACAGUCCAGUCCGUGGAAAUUCCUCGCAGAACAGUCACGCAAAUGUAGCAUAUGGAAUGUAUUCUAUACCUGGCAUGAACCCUAGUGGUGUAUCAUCAAAUGGACCAACAAUGCCAUCUCUUGUUAUGUUGUAUCCUUAUGAUCAUAAUACUGGCUAUAGUUCACCAGCGGAGCAGCUAGAGUUCGGGUCUAUGGGACCAAUGGGUUUCUCGAGCACCACUGAACUAUCGCAGCCAAAUGAGGGAAGUCGAUCUGGUAAUGGCACACUUGAAGAGCAAAGGUUUCAUGGUGGCCCUGCUCAACGAUCUUCACCAGAUCAACCCUCUUCGCCCCAUGUCUCAAGGGGGCCUGAUUCUAACGUCAGAUAAGUGGCAAGGAGGAUUAUCAACUAAAAGAGAUGAUGAGGAUGUGUACCUCCUUUUGUUGUAUCAAAAUAGACACUGGCUUAGGUUCAGAAUUUAGAAAUUUUACCAUGUUGCAUAUUUGUCAGGUUCGGUUUUACAGUACUAGGUACUUGUUUUAGAACACGCAGAAUAUCUUUGAUGAUAAACUUUUUGACAUUGUUACACAGCUUAUUAACGAAAUUGUCAUAAAAUAAUGUUAGAUGUCAUUUGCAAUUGCAUUUGUCUUGACAUUUCCAUGACAAUCUUCCCUGAAA